GAGAGGCUGACGCGUGAGCGACUGCAGCUGUAGUUUCUCUUUUGGCAGAUAAACCUCCACCAGUUUCUGUCUGACUGACUGCAGAGUUCAGCUUGUCUGCAACGGAAAUAUAAGUAUACAGCACCCACUCGACCAACAACAGACAGAGCACGCGAUGCUUCAGCAACUUUUUUCACAACUCAUCUCCUGUGAGGACCUAAAACUUGCCUUAAAGUGUAGAUAGCGGCAGAAGACAGCACAAAAUUUAAAUUAUUUUCUGUGGGAAUGAACUCCAACGUAACGACAGGCCACUGUGAUUGGGUGUGUUGGGUCCAGAUGUGUGUGUAUGUGCCCAUUCUGGUUUUCGGAUUCCCUCUGAUUCUGGCUGCUUUGUGGCAGUUGUUCUUUCGCGUUCGACGCUGGAGCGAAUCCACGGUUUACCUCUGCAACCUGAUCAUCAACGACAGCCUGCUGAUGCUGUCCCUGCCUUUUAAAAUACAUGCCUACAAGAAGCACUGGAGCCUAGGCCAGACUUUCUGCUCCCUGCUGGAGAGUCUGCUCUAUGUCAACAUCUACGGCAGCAUCAUGUUGAGCGUGUGCAUUGCAGUCGACCGAUACAUCGCUCUACAGUUUCCAUUCGCUGCACGUCGUUUGCGAUCUCCACGCAAGGCAAUGAUCGUGUGCCUAAUCUUGUGGAUACUGGUCUUUGUAUGCAGCUUCCCCAUCUACAAACUUCACGAUAAUCCAGCAAACAAAACGGUGUAUUGCUUUGAGCAAUUCUCCAAUUCAACUUGGACGAAAAGUUGGAUUCUGGCAUCUAUGGAAACAGUGUUUUGCAGCAGCGCCUUGGUGAUGGUGUUCUGUUCCCUGCGUGUGGUGCAAAUCCUGCACAAUCUGAGGGUGCGCUACCCUGGAGAUUCCAAACUGUGCAACAACAAGAGCAUGAAGAUUGUUCUCAGCAACCUAGCCGUCUUCCUUACGUGUUUCAUUCCUUACCAUAUAGCAGCGCCCAUAUACUUCCAUGCCAAGACAGGCAAGUGGCAACAAAACACCAUUGAUCAUCUACGCUACUUUGUUCACAUAAGCAUAUGCAUUAGCAAUGUGAACAUCUUGGCAGAUGGCGCAUGUUACUAUUUCAUCCUUAAAGAGAACCUGGAGUCUGCGCAGCGAGAGAGGAGAAUGGCUAUACGCAUCAGAGAGAAACACAUAUGUGGAUCAAAGAGUUUAACGUUUGGAGAAAUACAUAGUGGUACGCCCAAAGCCACUGACAAUACGGAAUUAUGUGUUGAUACUGGUUUUACGUGAAGAGCUACAUUAAAACUCAUGGAGAGCAAAUGCAAGGAUGAUUAAUCCUACAGGAACACAAUGAAAGAAGAUGGAAGACAUGCUUGUAUAGUUGAGUAUGCAGGUGGAUGGGACGUAUGUACACACAGGAUGUGUGUUUACAUGUGAUGUAGAUGAAUUUUUGGGUACUAAACAAUAUCGCAGUAACUCUUAUGCUAUGCACUGGAAUUUUAUCACUGCUUUUAA